CCACACGUGGUUCCUACUCGCCUUCUCACAACGAGUAGUGGCAUGCGAAGGGUCAGAUCGCCAUUCUCUCGCUUCGGGGGGCCGCGACGGCUUGCAGCACGGACGCACUCUGGCGGUGCCCGUCGCGGUAUAUAAAGCCCUCCCUCGACGUCCCCGGAAAGUGAGCUCCCCGCAAACCCAUUGGCGUUACGAUGCCUUCGACGGCACUCUCUCUGCUGACUGUCGCCCUCGCGCUCGUCUCUCCAAUCCUCGGAGAUGUACUGCCGCGCGCCGACAGUAGUGCUUUCUUGCCCACCCUCUCGAACAACUCGGCUGCAGCAUGGCCUCCACCGUAUGCGAAUGGAGGUUAUGCAUGGACGAGUGCGUUCACGCGUGCGCAGUCCCUCGUCUCGCAAAUGACUCUCGAGGAGAAGGUCACCCUCAUCACGGGCCAACCGGGGCGCUGCGUCGGUAUGACGGGCGCGGUCCCGCGCCUCGGUAUACCGGCACUCUGUCUGGAGGAUGGGCCCGCCGGCGUGCGUCCCGUUCAGGGAGUAUCCCAGUUCCCCGCCGGACAAGCGGCCGCGGCGACCUGGGACAGGGAGCUGAUCUACAAGCGCGGAUACGCGAUGGGGAAGGAGUUCUAUGACCAGGGAGUCAACGUAGCUCUGGGUCCUGUAACUGGUGGGCCCCUCGGGCGGAGCCCGCGCGGUGGAAGGAACUUCGAGGGCUUCUUCGAUGAUGCUUACGCCACGGGAGAAGCCGCGUACAUGACCGUGAGGGGCAUGCAAGACUCUGGCGUCCUUGCCACGGCGAAGCACUACAUCGGCUACGAGCAGGAGACAUACAGGGACCCGUUCAACCAGUCUGAAUCCUACGAUGUCUUCCCUGUGAAUGAGCAGACGCCCAUUUCGUCCAAUAUUGACAACAAGGCGCUGCACGAGCUUUACAUGUGGGGCUUCGCUGAAGCUGUCCGCGCAGGAGUAGGCUAUGUGAUGUGUUCGUACAACGAAGUCAACCAAACGCACUCAUGCGCGAAUGCAUAUACGCUGAACAACCUUCUCAAGGGCGAGCUCAACUUCCAAGGAGGGGUGAUGUCAGAUUGGGGUGGUGACUGGGGUGAUGCCGAGUUCAUCAACGGCGGGCUCGACAUGAGCAUGCCAGGCGUAGGAUUCGGAGGCAUCUUCGGUCCAUUCUGGGGACAAAACCUCCUUCCGUACAUCGCCAAUGGCACAGUCACUGAGGGUCGCGUGGACGACGCUGCCAUUCGCACGCUGACUCCCUGGAUCUUCUCCAACCAGCCAGCAUACCCGCCUCCAGCAGUGACGUGGAACGCUGACCCGCAAUACUACGAGACAGAAGACGCGUACUGGCGCGACGUCCGCCAGGUGGAGACGAUGACGCUCAUCAGGCAGAUCGGCGAGGACUCCGCGACGCUGCUCAAGAACACCAACAACGCGCUGCCCCUCGGUGCGCCGAAGGUGAUCGCGAUCGUCGGGAGCGACGCAGGCCCGAACGAACUCGGUGAGCUCGACGGCGGAGGCUCGAACGCGUACCCCGGGUGGAACCUCAACGGCACGCUCACGCUCGGUGGUGGUUCGGGCUGGGCGAUCCCACCUUACGUCGUGACGCCGUACGAGGCUAUCAACUACCGCGGGCGCGCGUUGAACUCCCAGGUGUACGCGAUCUUCAACGAUACGGCGUAUGAUGCUGUCAAUGUGACGGUCCCGAGUGCGAACGUGGCUAUCGUGUUCGUCAGCGCAUUCACUAGGGAAGGCGAGGACCGUGCGACCUUGUACCUCGACAAUGAUGCCGACACACUGAUCAACAUCGUUGCUGCGAAUAACAACAACACUAUUGUCGUGAUGAACGCUGGUGGACCCAUCCUCGUCGAGGCUUGGAUUGAUAACCCGAAUGUAACUGCGGUCAUCGCCGCUCACUUCCCCGGACAAGAGGCUGGCGCUGCUAUCACGAAUGUGCUCUUCGGCGACGUCUCCCCAAGCGGCAAGCUCCCCUACACAAUCGGCUACUCCCUGGACGACUACGCGCCUGACACGAUCGUCGCCACCCCAGUCCUCCAGCCGCAGGCGUACUUCAAUGAGUCCACGCUGGUUGACUACCGCUGGUUUAGCGCGAACAACAUCACGCCGCGCUUCGAAUUCGGCUACGGCUUGUCGUACUCGACGUUUGCAUACAGCAACAUUUCCGUCGAGAGCGUGUUCUGGCCGGAUACCACCUCGGUCCAGCAGACGCACGAGCCGUUUGAGGCAUGGGACGGCACAAACAGUAUCUACGACAUCGUUGCGCAGGUGAUGGCACAAGUACAGAACACCGGGGACGUUCGAGCGUCCGAGACCGCGCAGUUGUACGCUACAUUCCCCGGCAGCCCCGGGAUCUGGUUGCGGGGCUUCGACAAGCUCAAGGGUAUGGCACCCGGAGAGACCCGGGCAGCAUCGUUCCCACUUCGCCGCAAGGAUCUGUCGCUUUGGAGCACGGAGCGCCAGCUGUGGUACGUUCCCGAGGGCGAGAUUCAGCUGCAAGUAGGUGCUAGUUCGACAAAGCUGUACUUGGCGACGUCGUUGUCCCACUGAGCCGAAGUAUCAUUGAACCUAGCAGGAUACUUGAGACAAAACCCAAGGAUCAUCUUCUGCUGUUUAUUCCAUGGAGUUGCAAAUUGCACGAAACGCUUCGUUGAGAGAGACACCCUUGUGCACC